AGCGUGCUGGGCACAACAAGCUCUGCGGUCGAUCCACUCAGUGCCGCCGCUGCACCGUAGUCCACCCCGGGCACAGAGGACUUCCCCGCCGACCCGCCUGGAUCCACUCGGACGGAGAAAUGAGCUCGGUGUCCGACGACCACACGCCACGGACGUAAGCGCGUGACGAUUGUUUCUUCGCGGAAACACACACAUCCAUAUCACCACACACACACACGCAGGGAGACCGACAACCCGCGCCGGCUUUGCUGUUUACUUAGCGAUCAGCUCGGUGUCAGGACGGUCCCACUCGCUCAUACCGAGACCAUGGCGGAGAGGAGCGGCCGGCUGAGUUUCCCCGGGAGCGGGGCUCUUAAUCGACCGGUGCCCAUGAACCUGUUUGCAACGUGGGAGAUAGACGGAUCCUCCCCGAACUGCAUCCCGAGACUGUGCAGUCUGACUCUUAAAAAGCUGGUGGUGAUGAAGGAGCUUGAUAAAGAGCUGAUUUCUGUGGUCAUUGCAGUCAAGAUUCAGGGCUCCAAACGCAUUUUGAGGUCCCAUGAGAUUGUGCUGCCACCUAGUGGGUCAGUGGAGACUGAUCUGGCUCUCACCUUCUCCCUGCAGUACCCACACUUCUUGAAAAGAGAAGGCAACAAGCUGCAGAUAAUGCUCCAAAGACGAAAAAGGUACAAGAACCGGACUAUUUUAGGCUACAAGACUUUGGCUGUGGGAUCUAUUGAUAUGGCAGAGGUGAUGCAGCACCCGACAGAGGGAGGUCAGGUUCUGCCUCUCUGCAGCAACCAGAAAGACAUGCUGGGCAAAGUGGCAGAGAUCUGGAUCUUUUCCCUCUCCAGUCAGCCAAUAGACCACGAGGAGGCAGCCCUGCAGGGAGGACAGAAGAUCAAAUGCUCUGAUAACUACUCAGAGGAAGAGUAUGAGAGCUUCUCUUCAGAGCAGGAGGCCAGUGACGACGCAGUGCAGGGACAAGAUCUUGAAGAUGAUGAGUUUGAUGUGAGGAAACCAAAGAAGCAGAGGAGGUCGAUUGUGAGGACUCCCUCUAUCACCAGACAGCAGAACUUUAAGCAGCGAGUGGUGGCGCUCCUGAAGCGCUUCAGAGUUUCUGAUGAGGUGCUGGACUCAGAGCAGGACCCAGCAGAGCCGCCUCCUGAGGUGGAGGAGGAGGAUCUGGAUCUGGACAGUGUGGAGUUUGAGAACCCCAGUGACAGCUGCCCAGAGCUGGACGAUGACGACAGCGUCCUCAGCACACCAAAACCCAAACUAAAGCCAUACUUCGAGGGCCUUUCCCUCUCCAGCUCCCAGACUGAGAUCGGCAGCAUCCACAGCAGCCGGAGCCACAGAGAGCCCCCGAGCCCGAUUGAUCUGGAUAAAACCAAGAGCGGCGAUUCUAAGUUUCCAGACGAUGGAGGGCAUGAUGAUGACUCCUUUGAGCUACCAGAGGCCGUGACUCCCACCACAGAGCUGGAGAUGGACAACAUGGACACGUUUCUAGAGAGACUGCCUCCAACUGGCAAAAUGACCAAGACAGAAUCCCUUAUUAUUUCAUCCAACAGGCAGGAAACGAAGCUGGCAGGGCGGAGAGGUCGGAGCACAUCCCUUAAGGAGCGCCAGCCCAGUAGGCCCCAGAACGAGAGGGCCAACAGCCUGGACAACGAGCGGUCUCUGGACACACGGUGCCACCUACAGAUCCCAAGAAAAACAGUUUAUGACCAACUAAACCACAUUCUGGUGUCUGAUAACCACCUUCCUGACAGUAUCAUCCUCAUCAACACAUCAGAAUGGCAAGGUCAGUAUCUGUCAGAUUUGCUGCAAAACCACCAUCUGCCGGUGGUCUGCACAUGCACCACAGCCGACAUCCAAGCUGCUUUCAACACCAUUGUUUCUCGCAUCCAAAGAUUCUGCAACUGUAACUCCCAGACACCCAUUCCCAUAAAGAUUGCAGUAGCUGGAGCACAACACUACCUCAGUGCGGUUCUGAGGCUUUUUGUGGACCACCUCUCCCACAAGACCCCGGAUUGGCUCGGCUACAUGAGGUUCCUCAUCAUCCCUUUAGGUGCACAUCCGGUCUCCAAAUACCUCGGCACGAUUGAUUAUCGCUACAACAGUUUGUUCCAAGAUGCUGCCUGGAGGGAUCUGUUUCACAGGCCAGAGGCUCCUGUAAUUGCUCAGGAGAGCCCUGAUGUGGUGUCAAGGGUCACGCAGUACAUGGAGGGAGCUAAUGGAGCUCACCAGCUCCCCAUCGCGGAGGCCAUGCUCACUUACAAGCAAAUGAGGAAAAAGAGCUUUCAUUUUGAUUUUGCCGUAAGCCCUAAUGAGGAUUCCUGUCAGAAGUUCAUCCCAUUCAUUGGGGUAGUGAAAGUUGGCUUUGUGGAGCAAACAUCCGCAGCAUCAGGAGAUUCUGAUGAUGCAGCACCUCUGAGCUCGUCUUUGCUCUCCUCCACCCCUCCUCAAGUAUUCCCCGCUUUUAAAGAAUCUUCGCCAACACCACCGUCUUCUCCCUCCAUCAACACCAGCUUCUGUGUUCUCAGUACCAGCAGUCAGGCGGAAUUGAUGGGCCUUCAGGUAGAUUACUGGGUGGCUCCAACAGAGAGGAAGAAAGACAUGGAGAAGCGGGACUCCUCCUCUAAAAACACUCUGAAGUGCAAUUUCCGCUCGCUGCAGGCCAGCCGGCUUCCCCUCGGGGGGGCAGAGUCAAGCCCCCAGCCCACUAUGUCUAUGACUGUUGUAACCAAGGAGAAAAAUAAGAAGGUGAUGUUUCUGCCGAAAAAGAGCAAAGACAAGGAGGUGGAGUCCAAGAGUCAGGUGAUCGAGGGCAUCAGCCGCCUGAUCUGCACCGCCAAGCACCAGCAGACCAUGCUGAGAGUGAUGAUUGAUGGUGUUGAGUGGAACGAUGUCAAGUUUUUCCAGUUAGCGGCUCAAUGGUCCUCACAUGUCAAACACUUCCCUGUCGGGAUUUUUGGGCACACUAAAGGUCCUUACUAGCAGCACCUUGAAAAGAGACUGAAACCAGGAGUAUAGCCCCCAUUAUCCCUUGUGCCAAGAUUUUAACCCCCUCCUCCCUUUUUAAUUCUGCUGUCUUAAGUUAAACUCCCGCUCUCUGCUGUUGCAUUGGUCUGAUUAUUUAAUAUUCUGUUUUUUUAUUUAUGUAAAGCUGCCAGAUGAAAAUGACUUUACCCUGCUUAAAAAGCUGCUGAUGUUUUGUAGUCCUUUGAAAAAAAAUUUCUUCAUAAAAGGCUUUUAUUAACGUGUUGAGUGAGUCAUCAGGUAGGACCUGGUUGUUUCAUUUGUUGCUGUUUUGUUUAUUUGUUGUUUUUUAAUGUUUAUAUUAAACCAGCAAAAAUAUUAUAGUACAUAUAAAAAACACACAAAUACACAAAAGAAGCUUCCAUGGAAUAAAACGGUCAUACUUUUAAUCCUGGUUUUUCCCAGGGUUUCUUUGCCUAGAAGUAAAAAAACUAAGAUAACUGAAGUGUCUAAUGUGCAAUAGACUGGAUGUUAUGUAAACUCAAUGAAUUGAACUGUCACUGUGUAUACAACAAGUUUUAAUUUUUCACUCCAUACAAAGAUCCUUAUUUUGUAUUUCCACCUCUAAAAAAGAAACGUAAGAUUAUCAAGAGAAAUAAAAAAAAAUAAAAAAAGUUUCAUUAUUUAUUUUUCUAAAUAAAUUAGAAUACAAACAUAAUAAUAAGUUAAAAUAAGCAUAUUGAGUUUUGGGAUGCACUAACAUUUCGAAUUGUAAUGAUCAAGGCUGGCUUUGACACUGGCCAAGAAGCUUCAAGUGCCUGCUUGUAACCUCCUGGCAAGCAGGGGGUAGUAAGUACUGACAUAGAAAAUAGACCUAAAAAUUUGUUAUUUACAGAUCCCAGCAAGUGUCAGCUGGUUAAAGAAAAACAAAACCGGUGGAAAUCCGUGCUCAUGCUCUACUAAACCGUGCGCUCAGUUUAGCAAUCUGUGCGCAUGGAUUACUAAACUGUGCUCUCAGAUUUGCAAUCUGUCCGUUGGUUAACAAGACUGUGAAAUCAGUUCCUGCAAUCCGCACAGUUUGAUAAAAUGCAUGCUCAGUUUUGAAAUCCAUGCGCACGAGGGCACAGUUCAGUAAUCCGUGGGAACAGAUUGCAAAACUGAGCGCACAGUUUACUAAAGUGUGAGCACGGUUUUCCAUAGGAUAUUUUUUUACUCGCUGAAACUUGCUCCGCAGUUUAUUUGUAGCUCGGUUUAUAAAGAACAAGGCUACCUUAAAAUUCCUUGAGUUCCAUGAAACUUGAGGCCAUCCAGUAUUGGCCUACACUUUCCACGUAUAUAUUUAUUCACUAUUUCCAGUAUUCUACAGUUUUAGGCUAAGUUAACAACUAACUUAGCUAAGGUCAAAGGUACAAAUCUUUCCAUCAUCUUUGUUAAAGACUUGCAUGGGAUGUGACAGGAAUAUAAUGUUUUAAUAUAAUUAAAGAAGGAAAAAUCCUAAUUUACAGUGGCAUAAAUCAUCAUCUAACUGAACCUGAGUGUGUUAAAAAAUGUCUGACUAUUCCUUUUAGUGUUUCCUUGUAAAUGGGAAUUAGUUGUAGAAAGGAUUAUCUUCACCACUAAACUGUUUAUCUUAGAAAUAACUCCUCCUUAAAGGGAAAGUUAAGAUUUUUUUUAUUGAGGUUCUGUAAAGUUACAGUUACCUUUACCUGUAGUACAGAUAUCAUUUCUCAGUUAGUUUAUAGAAAGGUGAAGAAGUUUGCAGAGCUAAGAAAGUUGGUUAGUUAGCUAAGUAGAAAGACAAACCCCCCGUUUUAGCUGAUUUUGUCCCUUUGUGACCUAUCAGUGUGCUCGAAGUACACCAAGGGUCUGGUGAACUUUGGGAAUUUUGUGGCAAUGGUACGAAAGAUAUUACAUUCCUGUACUUUUCCAGGUCUAAACAGGCAGACUGAUACAGUAUAAGUGUAAAUACAGAUAAAUAUUCUUGAAUUUAUAGUUGAAACCAAAUAUUUAAACACACUGUAAAAAGACACCAAACCUCUUUUUUCUCAUUCUCUUUUUUAAAUUUCUUUAAAGUCAGACAUUAACAAAAACGUUCGUAGUAUUUGGUGGCAUUGCAUUUAAGCUUAAGUUGGAACAAGUUGUGGAUCCUUCCACAAGCUUCUCACAACAGUUUGCUGGAAUUUUGGCCCAUUUCUCCUGACAUGACCAGUGUAACAGGGUCAGGUAUGAAGGCCAAUUUGCUUACGAACACCAUUACAAUUCUUCGGCAAAACAUAUUCUCUCUCAGUUCUCUUUCUGAUAUCCUGGCUGAUGUCUUCUGAUAUUUCAAUAAUGACCCAUUAGUGUGUUUGAAGUACACCUUAAAAAACAUCCAGAAGUGUGCCUCCAAUUAACUCAGUAGUUGUAAAUUAAAAUCUAAAAUGUUGAUAAAAUAUUAAAUCAGAAGUUAAAAAACAUGACAUCAUCUAAGCUUUUUAAAAUUGUUUAAAGGCAUAGUAACCUUAGUGUAAGUAAACCUCUAGUUUUCAUAUAGAGUUGCAUCCAAUGGACAUGAAUAUUUUCAGCUCGAGUUUUAAAUAGCUAAAGUCAGCUAAAACAGGGGCUUCUAUCUGACUAGCUGUUAACCUGUCCCCGGUUAACCUGAGGAUUUAUUUACUUUCUACAAACUCACUUAUGAAAUAUUUCUACUACAGAUACUACUACAGAAUACCUUUACUAAUAUUUUCACAACAGUUCACUUAAAAAAAAUCGGAACUAUCCCUUUAAGACCAGCACUCCUUCGCACUGCACAGCUUUUGCUAAAAGCAAAGAUUCAUUGUUUUAGAGGUUUUCUUUGGCCAACAGAAGUGUAUUUAUUACAGUUCACUCAAACUGUGUGGUCUGUUACUUCAUAAUGUAGAGGUGAAUGUAUCAAACGUACUUUACUGUAAAGCACUUUUAAAUGUUUGUCUAUUUAGAUUAGUGUGAAUCACUCCUCCCUCGUAACCUGCAGGUACAACAGGCUGGUUGCUGCGAGCCAUAGCUAAACAACAGCACAAACUGUGGUGUCAUAAUUUAUAUGCAAUGUUAGCCAAGCCACAUUAUCCCAUCUCAGCUGUGUACUAUUAAGACAUCAAUAAAAUGAAUGAGGCUUAAAUGGAGUAUUGUAGAAUUUAGUUCAAAUAUUCUGAGUUUAGAGCAGAAAGUGUCUGUAGUGUAUGUCUGUAGCUUCCCUUCAAGUUUAGCUGUGCGUCAAAUUGCCCACAAAUUGUUAUUGAGCAGAAGUUUGAUCAUAACCCUUAUAAUUUUUUAAUAAGUGCCUAACUUGCAUAAUUUUGACAAAUCAAGUAACCCUGCCUACAGUGGUUCUGAUUCUGGGCCCAAGACAACACAAUAAACUGCAACAAAAACAAAUACAGUUAAGUCUGUUCAUGUGAGUAAUGGUAAAUCACAUUCUAGCCACUUGGCUCUAAGUACAAUGAACACUAGAACCCCUUAAUGUUGAGAAAACCUGUUUUUUUUUCUUCUCAGUGUUAUAUUUUUAUUUUAAGUAUUGUAUUGUCUCAGAGAAGGCUGUUCAAGACUGAAAGUUGCUUAAAGACUACCACUGUAAUCCCAAAAUCUGGGAAUAAUAAAACUACUAUACACAA